AUGAAGCAUCAACUCCUUCCUCCCUUCACCAGCCUUCUCCUUGUGACCUUGUUGUUUCCAGGAUUGUCCAGUGUCUGGUCUCUUAAACACUCAGGCACAGAAGAUUCCCAUGACCUCAAAGAAGAAUCUCCUAGAGAAGAAACAAACAGGUCUCCCUUGUUACACCACCUAGUAAAACGCUACUUACUACCACGCACUCCUCCUUUUCAUGAACCUGAACCGAAUUUCAAAAUUGUCAACUGUAGGAGAAGUGAAGGCUUCUGUCAAGAAUAUUGUAAUUAUAUGGAAACACAAGUAGGCUACUGCUCUAAAAAGAAAGACCCUUGCUGUUUACAUUUGAACUGA